AUGGAUACUCUUAAUCUACAUUCCGCUUCUGAGUAUCUGAAUAACUUGCUUCUUGCUCGAGGACUUCUACGAAAUGGAAAACGUAUCGAUUUCGCAAACCCGGGCAGUGCACCUGACGGCGUGGAUGAUACAAUGACACAAAUUAUUAACCUGGUUCAUGAUUUGGUGACCAGGAGAGACCGCGAAGCCGAACAACGAGAAAACCUCGCGACUACAGUGAAAAACCUACGGAAAACAGAAGCAAAGCAGACGCUUCAAAUGGAACAACUCGAGAGUAAAACAAAAGACCUGUCUCGCUCGAUUGCCCUUGCAGAAGGCCAAGAAACAGCGUUUAAAUCUACGAUACGAAAUGCAGAUAUUACCAUACGCGGUCUAAAAGACCAAAUGCAAAGGAUGAAAUCCUCAAUUCAACAGAUCCGAACUCAAUGCGCUACAGAUAUUCGAAAAAGGGACCUCGAAUUACAGAAACUAAAAACACAUCUAACGGACCGACAGCGCGGCAAAAGAGACGGGCUUGGAGUGAUGACAAUUACGAUACAGCCUCCACCGAAAACGAACACCUCGAGCCGGAGGGCACAUGAAGGAGUUAACCACGUGGAGACGCCAGGAUACAGUCUCAAGAAGGAUACAUCUGAGUACCUGACACAACUUUGCCAGAACCUAAGCGAUGAGAAUGAUGCGUUAAUACAACUGUCACGGGACACAAUCCAGACACUAAAAGAGUUGCAAGGGUUGACCGAUGCGGGUGACGAGGAAGCUGAGAGAACUGCAGGAAAAGAAGAUAACGUUGAUGCUACUCUAUCACGACAUGAGGUGCUUUCAAGGGAAAUGGAUUCUGCCCUUGAGCAACUCCGAGCCUUGCUCACGAACCCUUCAUUCGUUCCCUUGGAGGAAGUCGAAAUUAGGGACUCUGAGAUUGCUCGUCUAAGGGAUGGGUGGGAAAAGAUGGAGUUGCGAUGGCAAGAGGCUGUUUCAAUGAUGGAUGGGUGGCAUAAGCGAAUAUCCCAUGGAAGCGGUUCGAUGAACUUUGAUGAACUAAAACUUGGAAUGUCGUUCACAACGGACUCCAGCAUACAGAAAGAUACAGGUAGCACUGCGAACAUGUCCGUCGAUCAAUCGGAGUCGGAGGACUCGGCAUUAUCGAGCAGACGGGUAUCCAACGAGUCUUCCGUUCGACAGAAGAGACUGUUUGAUAUUGGGCCGUCAGGGCCUACCAAAGAUCAGGCUCUACCUGCGAAACCCUCCGGAGGUGAGAAGGCGGCACCGCAAAGAUCAGAUGCAAAUGACAUUCGACAGAAGAGACGGAAACUGCAAAGAAACCGUCCCAACUAA